AUGCAUUCCGGAGCACUCAUCCAGCAAAGUUGUUUCCAGGAGCUUCAUCAACUUACAGCACUCCCCAGAAUUAAGAUUUUGCAAAAGGGUUCGAAAGUUAGACCCAGCCUGCCCAGUAUUCGCCAAUUGUUACGAGAUAUUCAAUCACGCAAUGGGACAAGGAACUCCCCUACCCCCAACAAGCUUUUUUAUACUACGGGACAGCCCCAUGUCUACUCUUCAGUAAGCCCUGGAGUUCACGAAUCUGGUUUGUUGCCAAACUAUACCAGGCUUUCUCAAAGAAACUUUGAUCUUACUACUACCGGUGUUUCUGAGGCGCCACAACCAUCUCUUCAUAACAACAUUUGUGAUGACCAUAUCAUUCAUGCUGAACAUACUCGACUUGUGAGAUUGCAGCCCCAUAGACCAGCUCCAAGACCACCAUUAAAUACUGGCAACAUUCAAAAACCAAGCGGUGAUUUGCUCAAACUCGCUUACGCUGUCGAAGCGUCCACAAACAUGGGACGCACUACUGUCACUGGUAACCAUGUAACUGACAGUAUAAUACAUUUCAACGGGGACUAUCAAUUGAAAAUUGCGGAAAUCUUGGAAAGCUUGCAGGCGAUGUACAGAAAUUUGCAGGAAUGGCCACUGUCGAUGCAUAGUCAGGAUGUAGCGAGAAUUGAUAAAAUGUCUCUUUUGAUCGAUUAUAUUUCCCCUGAGAGCUUGGAAUCAACUACUGUCAUGGCGAAACGGGCCUAUGAUUCUCUCAUGACUAUCAGUCAGUGGAAGACAAAAUAUAAGAAGCUACACAUCGGUCUUCAUUCACGUUUAGUUGACACGCGACUUGAGAAGAGUUCAAAAGUGAAAAAGCUGCGCUUGUCCAAAAACAAGUUCAAGGAAGACCUGAAGCGUCACCUAAAGAAUUCAGACCCUGCGGUGGCGCUACGCGGAGAAUACGAUGCUGGUGAAAAAACCGCGAAAGAUGAUCUAGUUAAACCUGUUGAAUCCUUUUCAGCGAAAAAGUUAGCGCUGAUUGAGAGCGAGGACGAAAGCACAAAGGCUGGACUUCAAUGUGCACAUUGCUUGUCAACCAAAACUCCUGAGUGGAGAAAAGGCCCUUAUGGCAAACGAAGUCUUUGUAACGCCUGCGGUCUAUUUUACAAAAAGUUGGUUAGAAAAUUCGAUGAUGCUCAGGCCGCCUUGAUCAUGAAAUACAGAAAAAGAGUUUCGAGCAAAGAUAGAAAAGUACCUAGAGUCUUUGAUGUUCCAGAUAAUCAAUUAUAA